AUGCAAUUAAUCAGUUUACUUUCAAAAGUGUUGGUGUUAAGCUUUGGAUUAUUUCAAGCUGUUCAGAGUGUGCCAACCUAUCCAAUUUCAGAUUUAACUUCUAUUGUUGGAUCAAAGGCUGGUCGAGCACUCUACUUUCAAACUAACGAGGAUACAAAUAGUAUUAUCGCUCUUAAAAUUCUUGAAAAUGGUACUUUGGUUGAAGGAACCAUUACAAGUACUGGUGGUUCAGGUGCGAGUUCUAUUAGCAGUGCAACGAACAUGUCAGCUAGCCCUGAUGGAUUGAGUAGUCAAGGGUCCGUUACGGUAGUAGGAACAACUCUCUUUGCUGUCAACGCUGGAGAUGAUACGGUCUCCAUGUUUUCCAUUGAUGAGUUUGAGCCUACCAACUUAAAGCUUUUAGGAAGUCCUUCAAAAGUACCCGGCGAGUUCCCAGUAACUGUGACUGCUUCUGCUUUGAAUCGCUUGGUUUGUGUUGGAACUAGCGGAAAAAAGGCUGGAGUGUCUUGCGCCCCGUAUUCACCCUACGUUGGUAUCGGUGAAUUAGACUUCCUUAGGCCUUUUGAUCUUGAUCAAUCCACUCCACCUGUCGGUCCUUUGAACACUGUUUCCCAAACGUAUUUCUCGACAGAUGAAUCUUUACUCAUAACUACUGUAAAAGGAGAUCCAGCUAUAAACAAAACGGGGUUUGUUUCGGUAUACUCUGUCUUUGGUUCUUCUUUGUUUAGUCAGGCUAGGGUAUCUGCUGCUGAUAUCAGAAGUGUUGUGAACGGAACAGGUGCAUUAUUUGGGUUGCACCAGAUUCCUGAGUCAGACAAUUAUUUCGUUGCUGAUGCUUCCUUUGGUGCUGCCAUUAUCUCAGUCAAUGAGAUGAAUGAGACUUCUAGGCUCCUUUUUAAGCAAGAGAUUCCAAAACAAAUGGCUACGUGCUGGGCGGCAAUAUCUUCCUCUUCUAAUUCAGCUUUUGUCACUGACCCAUUGGUCAACCACAUAGUAGAGAUGAGUUUGACAGAUGCAUCUAUCCUCUCGAUUAUCAAUACAACAAAUAGUAAUGAUGCGACUGGUUAUAUAGAUAUCGCAGCUGCUGGGGAUUAUGUUUAUGCUCUUUCACCCGGUAGCAAGAGCGGGUCAGAUGCUGAGAUUGGUGUCCUUUCAGUGUCAGACAGCCAACACAAGUCUAUUGUCCAAUCUUUCAAAGUUGGCGAAUGGGCUGGAGCUAGUGCUCAAGGGUUAGCAAUCUAUCCAUAA